CUCGGGUUUGCUUCGGCCGUUCCUCGUGGGUGGUCCGAUUUCUAGCAUAAGGGCAAUGGGUAGCACACACUCUGAGGGACUUCCACAGAUUGCAAAGUCACUGAAUUGUAUAUCGGCCCAAUAUCAGCCGUUUUUGGAAGCUAGGUGGUGACAGUACGGCUGCCUCUCCGUUCAUACAAGCGAGCUUGGGCGCAGCGCGCAGCCACCAAUUAUCAAUGCGCCUGGACUCCAUGGACAGGCGAGACAACCCGACAAUGAAACGAAAUACGUUGUCUGUCAGACCUAAGUCUCCAACGUCUUUACAACACAUUCCGACGGGCGAUUACGGCGUAGCGCAUGGGUCUUGCUCAGCAGCAGAAUACCUACGAAUAUACGACCCCUUCAUCGCCGCUACUGUGACGUGUUCCCAACGCCUUCAACUCUUCAGCGCCUUCGACGCCUCCGGGCCCUUUCGCGGUUAACUGUACCCACCCAGGAUAGGUGCAGAAGCUCUUGCAACUGACAAGCCGUGAAGUCAACAGCGGCGACAUGCAUAUCUCCUAUCACACCGCAUCAUAGCCAGCGCAGAAUAAUCUUCGCUGUUUCAUCCUCCAUUUCGACACUCUCCUCUUCUUAACCAUAUCCGACAUGCUCCACAUGACCUUGUACCGUCUCCAUCGCUACGGCGCCG